AUGUGCCUCAACCUCAUUAACAUUGUUGUUGAGGAAUUAGAACAACAAAACCAACAACAACAAGCCCAACAACAACAACAAUUUCAAUUUCAAUAUCAACACCAAAAUCAACAUCAGCAUCAGCAUCAAAAUAAUCAACAACAUAAAAAAAGAGGGAAUGCAAGUGAAACAAAACAAGAUAUUGAAAGAAGAGUAAGACAAAAGGUCCAUGGGGCUUGGAAAGAGUUUGAUGAAAUAUCAAAAAGAAGAAAUCAAUCAGAUUAUAAUGGACCAACUCUUUUAUUGACAAACUACAGCCAAAGUGAACAAAUCAUAAAAUUUAAAAAAGAAAAAGAUGAAAAGAGAAGAAAAGAAAAGGAAAGAAAAAGACAAAAAGAAAUAGAAAAGAGAAGAAAAGAAAAGGAAAGGAAAAGACAAAAAGAAAUGGAAAAGGAAAAAAGAAAAAAGAGAAAAGAAAGGGAUAUAGACAGAGAUAGAAGGGAUAAAAAAAAGAAAAUUAAAUUUUCCCUAAAUGAAGAUCAAUGA